GGACAGCGCGAGGGGCGGAGUGAAGGGCGGGGCAGAACUAACCGCGUGCGGGUGUGUCAGGCGGGGCGCAGCUAAUUGCAGCCCAGUGCGUCGCGCGCGGGGCGCGUCCUGGCCGCGGCGGAGCGGUAGCAUGGAGAGAUGGGUGCCCUACGAUGACUUCCCGGUGGUUUUCCUGCCGCCCUACGAGAGCCCGCCCGCCUGGGUCCCGCCGCACGAGCGCGUGUAUCACCCCGACUACAACAACGAGCUCACGCAGUUCCUGCCCCGCACCAUCGUCCUCAAGAAGCCGCCCGGGGCGCAGCUGGGCUUCAACAGCCGGGGAGGAAAAGCCUCGCAAUUGGGAAUCUUCAUCUCCAAGGUGAUUCCCGACUCAGAUGCUCACAGGGCUGGGCUGCAGGAGGGGGACCAGGUGCUCUCAGUGAACGAUGUGGAUUUCCAGGACAUUGAGCACAGCAAGGCAGUGGAGAUCCUGAAGACAGCACAGGAGAUCACAAUGCGUGUCCGGUACUUCCCCUACAAUUACCAGCGGCAGAAGGAACGGACAGUUCACUAACAGGGAACUUCAUCCUGCCAAAACCUCUCCACUCCUUUUUCCCAGCGUCUGAGAUGACUCCAUGUUUCAGCUUUCACUGGAGGCACUACUGUCCUGCACAGCAUCAGCUCUUUCCCACAUGAAGAGAUGCCAAGGGGCUCAUUUGGCUGGAAAAUGGAUGGGGAUUGAGGCUGUGCUCCUGGGAAUGGAUGUUGGGGAAAAGCUGGUGUGAAGUAGGUCCUGGGGGGCAGCUGCUCCAGCAGGAUCCAGGUUUUAGCAAGACCUUAAGUGAGUUCUGGGCUGGUUCUGGAUCCCUUGAUCCUGGAUCCCUGGUUGUUGAGCAUUCCUGAGCAGAGCAAUGGGCAUUGUCCUCCAGGAAAUUCACCUGUUCCACUCUCUUGUGCCAUGGAAUUCUUUCCUUCUCUGUCCUAUCUCUGCUCUGCAUUUCUGGGUUUGCUGGGAACUCCAGGAGUAAAAUCCAGCCCCAGUCCAUGCACAGCUCUGGCCGUUGGUGUCUCUGCUGAUAAAACCCCCACAAUAUAGGGCUGGGAUAUUUGGAAAUGUUAAUUACCAAGGAAACAUGUUAAUUAUCAGCAAAUCCAGGGGCAAAUGCCUGGUGGGAUCACAUUGUAAUGGCUUCAGGACAGCCCUGGCUCUGGCCUUCUCUUCCUUGUGGUGUUUUCCUCUUUUUCUGUAAAAACAAUCAAUAAAUCAAGUACAGCAGCCUGAA